AACAGAGCUGACGGUAAUACCAGUUUGCUCACAUGACGUCCAUUGAGCAUCGCGAAGAUGUAUUUUAGUAUUGAAUCUUCUAUCGAUAUCCUGUGGAGUGAGACUGGCAGUUUAUAAACACGAUGUCUCUUUCAGAAGGGACACUGCCUACGAUGCUGGUACAAUCUCUCAUUUCCACCGCCCUCCUCCUCGCAACAUUUCCCACUCAGACCCAAGCCGUAAUCGAGUGCAAUGUGCUCGACUACGGCGCGGUCGCGGACAACGUCACCGACAUCGGCCCCGCACUGACCGCCGCAUGGCAAAACUGCGUCAUCCCGAGCGUGAACAGCACUGUCGCCACGGACGUCCAGCUGCUCGUGCCCAGCGGAGAUUUCCGGCUGACGACCAUGGUUCUGUUCAACCACGCGACCCACUGGAAUUUCCACCUCGUCGGCAACUUGUAUUUGCCGUUCAAUACGACUCUGGGUGGGAUCGGUGGGACGAUGCUCCAGUGGCAGAACUGCGACAACAUUCUGUUCGACGGCCCGGGUGCGAUUUUCGGGAACGGGUACCGGUACCGAGAAAACAAUGAUCUGAGUCUCUUUCCCAACCGCCCUCGAUUGGUCCGGUUCCAAACUUGCAACAACAUUGAGAUCACUGAGAUCACCUUGUAUGACGCGCCGAUGUUCCAUGUCACCAUCAUCGGAAACAACAACUUGGCACAUGACAUGACGAUCAGAGCCACUCAUGUUGGUGAAACGGAUGGGUUCGACAUGAGCGGAAACAACAAGUGCGAGAAUAUUUUCCGUCGCCGAAUCUUGCUCAACCGGCCUCUGUUCAGCUAUGUGCAUGACGUGAUUGUCGAGAAUGGCGACGAGUGUGUGACUGUCAAAACACCUACAAAUGGAUUCCGCGCGGAGAACCUGAUAUGCAUCCACACCGCUGGAUGCAACAUCGGCUCGUUCGGGGCGGGAAACACGAACGUCUCUGUGCAGAAUGUCUGGUACCGGAAUGUGACGUUGAACGAAACUUCGGACGCGGGGAUCAUGAUUAAAUCGUAUCCCGACAACAUCGGCUUCGUCCGGAACAUCACUUACCAUGAUUUCACACUCAUCGGGCCUGCAUAUCCCCUGUACAUCAGCGUGUUCUGGGAGGGCAGCGGAAUUGAUACAGGAAAACUUGAAAUUUACGACGUGCAUUUCGACGGGAUAUCGGGCUAUGGCACGACCACGCGACCCGGGGUCCUCCUCGACUGCAAUGCGGCCACUCCAUGCAAGAAUAUUACUUUUGAAAGUGUUUACAUCUGGGGAGGGGUAGCAAACCGAUACACCAAUGCAUGCGGGUCCGGAUUCUUCGGUGUACCACCCUGUUGAUAGUCCAGUAACAAGUCACCUGUGGAUCUCAAAGAAACCUCGCAGUUAAAUUGCAUAAUAGGAUAGAUUUUAACC